GCAGGAUCAGUCCUUUACUCCGAUCAGAGAGUGCUGAGCUCUUACAAAUUGCUGCUUAUGUUUGGUUCAGUUACAGCGGGAUGAUGGCUGAUCGUUACCAGCACCCGGUUUUCUUUGAGUGUGAGAGUCUUAAAGAAGAACAUCUGACGAGAUUACAAAAAUACUUCGGUAUUCGCCGCAAAUCGGGCGGAGGAGAGUGCGGACCGGUGACCACAGUGGACGAAAACGUCUACAGUGUUGCUUUCCUAAAUAAAAAAGAUCAGCAGCGAGUUCUUCAGAGAUCAGAGCAUGUUUUGGAUCUUGAAGAUUGUCGUUUGGUGAUCUUUGUCCGAGAAAGUCUGGAAAAUUCUUCCUCCUCUCACUUCACCGCCCCCACUUCUGCUCCAGCAGAGGCACAGACUCCUGAGAACAUUCCUGCCUCGUCUCUUCCACCAAGUGAUGAAGAGUAUGAACUACAUGUUGAUAAUUAUCUCCUCCGUUACCUGAAAGAAUGUCCACAUGCUCAGCAAGAACUUGAGAACAUGCUUGCCUGUUUAGCCUGCUCUGCUCAUCUUUACUGUGAGGAGGGGAGGGUUUCAGUCAGGAGGCUCACUCAACCUGGUGCUGCAGAUGAAGUUAGUGAUUGGAAAGCUGAGGUAGACGCUCUCUUUGGUGGCUACUCGUGCCAUUAUGAGGUAAACCCUGACAAAGUUGAAGCUUUGGUUCAGUCCAGCAACUCUUGUCAGACUGCAGGUGAGGUGAAGGUGUACACAGAUGAGUCUGGGAAGGCUGUUGUUGUUGGAGAACUGUCUCUGGUUCAUGCCAGGUUGUUAGACAUCGAGCAACCUUCAAGUUUACGUGACAAUAUGGCAUCUCUGAGUUUGAGUGAGGAAAGCACAACCAUUGCUAGCUACAGCCUUUGUGAUGGGCUCCAGGUGUUUGUGUGUCAGGGUGACAUCACCAAGCAACACGCUGAUGCUCUGGUAAAUGCAGCCAAUCAGGACUUGGACCACUCUGCAGAUGUUGCUGCUGCACUGAGUCGAGCUGGUGGUCCUGAAAUACAGAGAGAGAGUGAUGAAUUAGUGAAGUGUUUUGGGAAAAUUCCCAUAGGAGAAACAGUAGUGACCACAGGGGGUAACUUAAAGUGCAAGAAACUGCUUCAUGCAGUUGUGCCUGUAGGUGGAAAAGCAAGUAAGAGAGAUAGGAUGUUACUGGAAAAAACUGUGCAUUCUGCUUUAAAGUUUUCAGAAAUAAUGGAGUUUCAGUCCAUAGCCAUUCCUUGUAUCAGCUCAGGUGUCUCUGGGGUUCCUCUCACUGUGUGCACUGAGGCAACUGUUGCUGCUGUGAAGGACUUUGGCAGUGUGGGAGGUCGAAGUCUGAGCAAAAUCAUCCUGAUUGAUAACAGAGAGGAGGCGGUGAGGGCCAUGCAGGAAGCAUGUGACAGGCUUCUCCAAGGGAUAGAUACACCUGAUGAAGAUACAGCAAGAGGAGCCACUGCCAGAGCUCCUGGAGGCAGAGUCCACAUGGAGGUUAUUCAGGGAUCGAUCGAGAGCCAACAGGUGGAUGCUUUGGUGUCUCCUAUGGUUGGCCAUGAUCCUCUCUCUACACGUGUUGGAAAUGCUUUGUUUGAAGUAGCUGGACCCGAGCUGACCACAAGGUUUAGAAAGGAAGCAGAAGAUGAAACAAUGCCUGGUGACUCAGUACUGCUGGAGGGCUUACCUGGACUUCAGUCUAAUGCAGUCUUCUUCCUCAAUCUUGUUCCCUGGGAUGGUGACCCAGAGGGUGUUGCAGUCCAGGUUCUUCGAAUGAGCAUCAACACAAUCCUAUCUUCUUGUGCGAAGAAAGGAUUCAGAUCUGUCGCUCUUCCUGUCCUCGGGGCUGGGAUGGCCCUGCAGUUUCCUGCCAGUGAAGUGGAGAGGGUGUUAAUGGAGGAAGUUUAUGUAUUUGAAGAGGAACGAGCAGGCAUCACACCACUCCUGAUCCGCAUCGUCAUUCACCCUGAUGAUGAGGAGACACACGAGACAUUUGGCUCUGUCCAAAAUGACAAAUUCACUGAAGAUUUUCACCAAAAAGACCCAGACCAAGAGUCAACUACCAUGAGGCUGGUCCUGCUGGGAAAAACUGGAUCUGGGAAAAGUCACCUGGGUAACACCAUUCUUGGAGAGGAGCUCUUUGCCACUUACCCCUCUCCAAACUCUGGAACAAUUGAAUGCCAAACAGAAACCAAAACAGUCAGUGGAAGAAGCAUCACUCUGAUCGACACCCCUGGUUUCUUUGACACAGGAAGGUCUGAGGCGGAUUUGAACUCUGAGAUAAUGAGCUGUAUGACAGAGUGUGCUCCUGGGCCUCAUGCUUUUCUCAUUGUGCUUCGAGUGGAUAAAUUCACAGAGCAUGAGCAGGCUGUCAUCACUAAGACAGUUCAGUAUUUCUCAGAUGAAGCUCUAAAAUAUGCUGUAGUUGUUUUCACUCACGGUGAUCAGCUCGACGAAAAUUUAAAAAUUGAAGAUUUUGUCAGUCAGAACAAGAAUCUGAGUGAUCUGGUGUCAAAGUGUGGUGGUCGGUGUCACGUCUUUGAUAACAAACACUGGAACAACAACCAGCCAAAUAACUACAGGAGCAACCAGUUCCAGGUGGAGGAGUUACUGAAAACAAUAGAAAAAAUGGUGGCGGAAAGAAACGGAGGCUACUACACAAAUAAAAUGCUGCAACAUGUGGAGACGGCAAUACGAGAACAGGUAGAACACAUUAGACAGUCAAUGCCAGAUAAGACCACAGAAGAGAUCAGAAAGCAGGCUAAAACUAAUGUGAUCAAUAGGUUUCUGAUCCAAAUGGCAGGGACUGGAACAGGAGCUUUGCUAGGUGCUUUUUUCGGUGUAGUAACAUUGGCUGAAUUUGCUAUCAAAGCUGUGAAGAACCCACAAUUGGUGAAUGUCGCAAAAAAGCUUUUCAGAUUUGUGCCAGCUGCACAGCAACAGAAUGCAUUAGUAGCUGCUGGAGCAGUAGGCUUGGUCGGAGCAGCAACUGGAGGAGGAAUAAUGGGAGGUGUAAUUGGAAAUGAAGCAGCUAAGGAUGCUGAGUCACCUUUAGAAGCUAUACAGAGAACAUAUAAGGCUGUAGAAGAAAAAAGAAAAUCUCUUUCUCAUGUAAGAACAUACAGUGCGAUCAGAGAGAGUGCUGAGCUCUUACAAAUCGCUGCUUAUAUUUGGUUCAGUUACAGCGGGAUGAUGGGUGAUCAGACCCAGCACCCGGUUUUCUUUGAGUGUGAGAGUCUUAAAGAAGGACAUCUGACGAGAUUACAAAAAUACUUCGGUAUUCACCGCAAAUCAGGCGGAGGAGAGUGCGGACCGGUGACGAGAGUGAACGAGAACGUGUAUAGUGUGGUUUUCCGAAAUAAAAGAGAUCAGCAGCGAGUCCUUCAGAGAUCAGAGCAUGUUUUGGAUCUUGAAGAUCGUCGUUUGGUGAUCUUUGUCCGAGAAACUCUGGAAAAUGACACCUCUCACCUCACCACCCCCACUUCUGCUCCAGCAGAGACUCCUGAGAACAUUACUGCCUCAUCUCUUCCACCAAGUGAUGAAGAGUAUGAACUACACGUUGAUAAUUAUCUCCUUCGUUACCUGAAAGAAUGUCCUCAUGCUCAGCAAGAACUUGAGAACAUGCUUGGCUGUUUAGCCUGCUCUGCUGAUCUUUACUGUGAGGAGGGGAGAGUUUUAGUCAGGAGGCGAGCUCAACCUGGUGCUGCAGAUGAAGUUAGUGAUUGGAAAGCUAAAGUAGACGCUUUCUUUGGUGGCUACUUGUGCCAUUAUGAGGUAAACCCUGACAAAGUUGAAGCUUUGGUUCAGUCCAGCAGCUCUUGUCAGACUGCAGGUGAGGUGAAGGUGUACACAGAUGAGUCUGGGAAGGCUGUUGUUGUUGGAGAACUGUCUCUGGUUCAUGCCAGGUUGUUAGACAUUGAGCAACCUUCAAGUUUACGUGACAAUAUGGCAUCUCUGAGUUUGAGUGAGGAAAGCACAACCAUUGCUGGCUACAGCCUUUGUGAUGGGCUCCAGGUGUUUGUGUGUCAGGGUGACAUCACCAAGCAACACGCUGAUGCUCUGGUAAAUGCAGCCAAUCAGGACUUGGAGCACUCUGCAGGUGUUGCUGCUGCACUGAGUCGAGCUGGUGGUCCUGAAAUACAGAGAGAGAGUGAUGAAUUAGUGAAGUGUUUUGGAAAAAUUCCCAUAGGAGAAACAGUAGUGACCACAGGGGGUAACUUAAAGUGCAAGAAACUGCUUCAUGCAGUUGUGCCUGUAGGUGGAAAAGCAAGUAAGAGAGAUAAGAUGUUACUGGAGAAAACUGUGCAUUCUGCUUUAAAGUUUUCAGAAAUAAUGGAGUUUCAGUCCAUAGCCAUUCCUUGUAUCAGCUCAGGUGUCUCUGGGGUUCCUCUCACUGUGUGCACUGAGGCAACUGUUGCUGCUGUGAAGGACUUUGGCAGUGUGGGAGGUCGAAGUCUGAGGAAAAUCAUCCUGAUUGAUAACAGAGAGGAGGCAGUGAGGGCCAUGCAGGAAGCAUGUGACAGGCUUCUCCAAGGGAUAGAUACACCUGAUGAAGAUACAGCAAGAGGAGCCACUGCCAGAGCUCCUGGAGGCAGAGUCCACAUGGAGGUUAUUCAGGGAUCGAUCGAGAGCCAGCAGGUGGAUGCUUUGGUGUCUCCUAUGGUUGGCCAUGAUCCUCUCUCUACCCGUGUUGGAAAUGCUUUAUUUGAAGUAGCUGGACCCGAGCUGACCACAAGGUUUAUAAAGGAAGCAGAAGAUGAAACCAUGCCUGGUGACUCAGUACUGCUGGAGGGCUUACCUGGACUUCAAUGUAAUGCAGUCUUCUUCCUCAAUCUUGUUCCCUUUGAUGGUGACCCAGAUGGAGUUGCAGUCCAGGUUCUUCGAAUGGGCAUCAACACAAUCCUAUCUUCUUGUGAGAAGAAAGGAUUCAGAUCUGUCGCUCUUCCUGUCCUUGGUGCUGGGAUGGCCCUGCAGUUUCCUGUCAGUGAAGUGGAGAGGGUGUUAAUGGAGGAAGUUCAUGUAUUUGAAGAGGAGCGGGUGGGCAUCACACCAUUUCUGAUCCACAUCGUCAAUCAGGCCAAUGACGAGGAGACACAUGAGGCAUCUGAUGUUGUCCAAACUGACAAAUUCACUCAAAAAGUCCAAGAUCCAGAGUCAACAACGAUGAGGCUGGUCCUGCUGGGAAAAACUGGAUCUGGGAAAAGUCACUUGGGUAACACCAUUCUUGGAGAGGAGCUCUUUGCCACCUACCCCUCUCCAAACUCUGGAACAUCUAAAUGCCAAACAGAAACCAAAACAGUCAGUGGAAGAAGCAUCACUCUGAUCGACACCCCUGGUUUCUUUGACACAGGAAGGUCUGAGGAAGAUCUAAAGCCUGAGAUAAUGAGCUGUAUGACAGAGUGUGCUCCUGGGCCUCAUGCUUUUCUCAUUGUGCUUCGAGUGGAUAAAUUCACAGAGCAUGAGCAGGCUGUCAUCACUAAGAUAGUUCAGUAUUUCUCAGAAGAAGCUCUAAAAUAUGCUGUAGUUGUUUUCACUCACGGUGAUCAGCUCCACAAAAAGAUGAAAAUUGAAGAUUUUGUCAGUCAGAACAAAAAUCUGAGUGAUCUGGUGUCAAAGUGUGGUGGUCGGUGCCACGUCUUUGAUAACAAACACUGGAACAACAACCAGCCAAAUAACUACAGGAGCAACCAGUUCCAGCUGGAGGAGUUACUGAAAACAAUAGAAAAAAUGGUGGCGGAAAGAAACGGAGGCUGCUACACAAAUAAAACGCUGCAACAUGUGGAGACGGCAAUACAGAAACGGGUUGAGCACAUUAGACACUCAAUGCCAGAUAAAACUGCAGAAGAGAUCAGAAACCAGGCUAAAACUGAUGUGUGCAACAGCUUUCUGACCAAACUGACAGGGAUUACAACAGGAGCUUUGCUCGGUGCUUUUUUUGGUGUAGCAGCAAUGGUUGGAUUAGCUAUCACAGCCAUGAAUAACGUAAUGUUAAUGAACGCUGUAAAAAAGGCUCCAGCAUUAAUGGGAGUGUCGGCAGCAGCAACAGGAGAAACAACAUUAGUAGUUGCUGGAGCCACAGGUCUGGCAGCAGCAACAGCAGGAGGAGUAUAUGGUGGCUUGCUUGGAUAUGAAGCAGCUAAGGAUGCUAAGUCACCAUCAGAAGCUGCACAGAGAGCAUAUGAGGUUAUAGUGGAGAAAGGAAAGUCUUUUAUCAGGUUUAAGUGAGAUAUUUUUUAAUAAUUAUUAUCCAGUUAGUGAAAAGGAAAAAAAGAAUCUUAUUAUUUUUUGAUGUUCUUACACUACACAUAUUAGUACUACAUACAUCAAAGAAAACAUUUUAAUUAUCUGGAGUCAGUUUUGUUGGCAAAUAGCUGAAGAGAUGAGAAACCAGGCUAAAACUGAUGUGAUGUGAAUGAUCCAAAUGACAGGGAAUGAAACUGGGCCUUUGCUCGGUGUUUUUUCGGUGUAGUAACACUGGCUGAAUUUGCUAUCAAAGCUGUGAAGAACCCAGAACCGGUGAAUGUUGCAACAAAGUGUUUCACAUCAGCACAUGUGCCAGCUGCAGAAGAUCAAACAGCACAAAUAGUUGCUGGAGCAGUAGGCUUGGUGGGAGCAGCAGCAGCAGGAGGAGGAGGUGUCAUUGGAAAUGAAGCAGCUAAGAAUGCAGAGUCACUUUCAGAAGCUGUACAGAGAACAUAUAAGGCUGUAGAAGGAAAAGGAAAAUCUCUCACUCAGUUAAAAUAAUUUUUUUUUACAAUAAUCAGAUAUUCCUGUAAACAUUUGAUUAUUUCAUUUCCUUUUGAUGUUGUUAUAUUACAAAUAAUGUUUACAUUUUUAAAAGGUGGUACACAUUACAUAGCACUUUAUUCAAUAACAAAUGUUUGCCUGAUAGCCUUUUGGUGGUGGGAACAUAUUGUUUGGUGUGUUUAUGAGAGAUUUUUGUUGAAUAUGUUUGUGAGCCAUAAAAAAUUAAAACGUCGACUUUAAAGAGGCUCACAAGGUCUAUAAGUAUGAUAGUUAUGUUUGUGAGGUUGUUCCUUGAUCUAGCUAGUGCCUCAGUCCACUGUGAUCCUAAUUUUUCAUACAAUUGUGACUAAAAGAGAAGAGUGUUUGGGACCAUGAAACACAUCAGACUACUGAAGACUGAAGAAAUUAGGUUGUGUUUGAUUUUUCUGAAAUUGUCAAAUCUCUAUUUUUACUUAACUGUAAAUGAUCUGAUAAUGAUAGGACUACUUGAUAUAUGUGUGAUAUAUUGGUGAUGUGAUUGAAGGAUGAAAGAUGGCUUAUUAAACAAUAAAAACACUAAUUUCCCAAAA